AUGGCACCGCGCGACAUGUCGCAUGAGCCGAGCGGCACGCCGGACCCUGUCGAAAAAGGCUUUGCCACGCUGUCGUCUCUCAGGGUUGGCGUCAAGGCGUUCGUUGAGAAGGACGGGGAAAAACGCAAGGCCGAAAUUCUGUCUAUCCAGCAUCGCCAGGGAAAUCCCAGGUUCUAUGUCCACUAUGAAGAGUUCAACAAGCGUCUAGACGAGUGGAUCGCCGCCGACCGCAUCGACCUCUCCAGAGAAGUCGAGUGGCCUGCUCCGGAAAAACCAAAAAAGGUCGCUGCCAACAAGCAGGCGUCGAAAGCAGACACGUCAAAAGCACAAAAGAUGCACAAGCGGCCAAGGUCGAAACUGGACCGCGAGAUUUCUGCGACGCCUGAAGUACUAUCCGGAGGCGUUCCUGGCAAGAGGCAGCAGCUCUCCCAAGAGCACGAUGUCACGGUUGUUUCCACGGAGCUGGCUGACGGCGAGACGCCUCGGCCCGACGACGACGAGAUGGACCUCGUCGACGUGCAGGACGCCGCGGCCGCAGCCAAAGCAGUGCCGUCAGAGAUCUACUCACGCGAGGACGAAAUCGAAAAGCUGCGGACGUCGGGGUCCAUGACGCAGAACCAGACCGAAAUAUCACGGGUGCGCAACCUGGACCGCGUGCAAAUGGGGCAGCACGAGAUCGAGCCGUGGUACUUCUCGCCGUACCCCGUCGAGUUCAGCGAGACCGACAUGGUGUACGUGUGCGAGUUCUGCUUGUGCUAUUUCGGGGAGCAGAAGCAGUUCGAGCGCCACCGCACCAAGUGCGACCUCUACCACCCGCCAGGCAACGAGAUCUACCGCGACGACUACGUCAGCUUCUUCGAGAUUGACGGCCGCCGCCAGCGCACCUGGUGCCGCAACCUGUGCCUGCUGUCGAAGCUGUUCCUGGACCACAAAACCCUCUACUACGACGUCGACCCCUUCCUCUUCUACUGCAUGUGCACGCGCGACGAGCACGGCUGCCACCUCGUCGGCUAUUUCUCAAAGGAAAAAGAAAGCGCAGAGGGCUACAACGUCGCCUGUAUCCUGACACUCCCCCAAUACCAGCGCAAGGGCUUCGGCAAGCUCCUCAUUGCCUUCUCGUACGAGCUUUCGAAGCGCGAGGGCAAGCUCGGCAGCCCUGAAAAACCCCUCUCUGAUCUCGGCCUCCUCGGCUAUCGCGCGUACUGGCAGGAGGUCAUUGUCGACUUGCUUAUGGAGCCCGGUCGCACCGAGGGCAAUAUUGAGGAGUUGGGCGCGCUGACGGCGAUGACGACUAACGACGUGCUGCAUACGCUGCAGAACCUGAAUAUGCUGCGGUACACCUCGAAAAACCAACACAUCAUUGUCCUCACCGACGCCGUCAUCGAGCAGCGCAACAAGCAGAAGGAAAAGGAAAGGCUCAAGGGCAAGCGCAGCAUCGACUCGGAGCGCCUGCAGUGGAAACCGCCCGUGUUUACGGCUUCGUCUAGGACGUGGAAUUGGUGA